CUGGUAAGAAAAAAAAAAAAACAAAUCGAAAAACACUCCCGUCUCGAGAGAGAGAUGAAGAAGCCGGUCGGAGCCGAGAAGAAGAGGGUGAAACGAUCGGCGGGAUCUGGUUCCUCUGCCGUCAGAGAUUCCGCUUCCGAUACUCCUCCCAGGAAGCAACCUGUCAAGAAGGAUACAUUUCAAUUGUUUGCUGAGAAAGUCAGAGACCACAAGGACUUGGAAUCGAGAUGGGCUGUUUUGCAGGAGACACGAGUCGAAUACUUUAGAGGAAAAGAUUUUGUGAGUUUCUUGAAAAACCACCCAGAGGCUAAGGAGACAUUGGAGGAAGAUAAAGACCUCGAGGCUGAAGAUAUUGCCAACGCGUUGUUAAGGAAGAACCUUUUGGUGCGAUGUGAUCGUGUCGUGAAAACUGUUCGUCCUGGGAAGAAAAAAUUGUCUACCUGGCCAGCCCAUUUGGAGAUUUUCCCUGAACAAGUAUUCUCGGAAACCGAUGCUUUUUUUGCAUGGACGUUUGAAAAACGACAUCCCCUAUGGCAAACACUCUUGUCUUUCUUCUGGCCCGUCUUGACUCUCGCAAUUUGUUUGUUUCCCGUGUAUCCACAUCGUUGCAAGCUGAUUGUUCUUUACUCAUGCGCGGGCAUCCUUUUGCUGAUACUCACUCUGCUUUUAGUGAGAGCAAUUGUUUUCGGUGCAAUAUGGAUCCUCCUCGGAAAACGUGUCUGGUUCUUCCCCAACAUUCUGGCUGAGGAAGCUACAUUGAAGGAACUUUUCCGUUUCUGGCCAAAGAAAGACGAGGAAGAACCGCCCAAGUGGACUUCACGGCUUUUCUACACUGUAGUUGCUGUAGUCGUCAUAGUGCUGCUGAGGCACCAUGCCCCAGACGAGGCUGCGAGGGCGAGGUACCAGAAAAGGAUGUCAAACAUCAUUGAUGAUGUCCUAGAGUGGUCACCGAAGCUAGCUCUCUCCGGGAUGAUGGAGAAACAGGAGCCCGUUAACAUCACGGAGACGGCUAAUAGCUCCGCGGAUGGAAGCACGGAAAGUCCCGAGCAGAUGGAGGCCGAUGUAGAAUCUGUAGCAGACCAAGAUCACGGUGAAGAAGGCGAAAACUCGGAGAAUGAUGAUUCGAGAACAUAAUAAGAUAGAAACUAUCAAACAGAAGAGAGAGUGAGAGAGAAGAAGAAGAAGAAGAAAAGAGGAAGUGCAUUUUGUAACAAUAAAUUAGCCUUUUGGGUUUCCAUUUUGCUAUCCAAUGAAAGCUUUAUAACCAUGGAGAUUGGAGAUGAAAAUGCUCAUAGAGAUUGUGGUAUUGCCUUUUGACAUCA